AUGAAUGCUGAGACUUGCGUCUCUUACUGCGAGUCGCCGGCUGCUGCCAUGGACGCCUACUACAGCCCGGUGUCGCAGAGCCGGGAGGGCUCGUCGCCUUUUAGGGCAUACCCCGGCGGUGAUAAGUUCAGCACAACUUUCCUGUCGGCUGCCGCCAAAGGGCAGGGAUUCGGGGACGCCAAGAGCCGCGCCCGCUACGGCGCGGGGCAGCAGGACCUGGCGGCACCCCUAGAGAGUGGCGCCGGAGCGCGGGGCUCCUUUAACAAGUUCCAGCCGCAGUCGCCGGCCCCGCAGCCGCCGCCGCCGCAGCCGCAGCCGCCGCCGCAGCCACCCGCGCAGCAACCGCAUCUCUACUUGCAGCGAGGCGCCUGCAAGACGCCCCCGGACGGCAGCCUCAAACUCCAGGAAGGCGGCGGCGGCCACAACGCGGCCUUGCAGGUCCCCUGCUACGCCAAAGAGAGCUCCCUGGGUGAGCCAGAGUUGCCGCCCGACUCUGACACCGUGGGGAUGGACAGCAGCUACCUCAGCAUGAAGGAGGCUGGGGUGAAGGGGCCCCAGGACCGGGCCAGCACCGACCUCCCCAGCCCACUGGAGAAGGCAGACUCCGAGAGCAACAAGGGCAAGAAGCGGCGGAACAGAACGACCUUCACCAGCUACCAGCUGGAGGAGCUGGAGAAAGUCUUCCAGAAGACCCACUACCCCGACGUGUACGCACGGGAGCAGCUGGCCAUGAGGACCGACCUCACCGAGGCCCGCGUGCAGGUCUGGUUCCAGAACCGGAGGGCCAAGUGGAGGAAGAGGGAGCGUUUUGGGCAGAUGCAGCAGGUUCGAACCCACUUCUCCACGGCCUAUGAGCUGCCCCUCCUCACCCGAGCGGAGAACUAUGCCCAGAUUCAGAACCCGUCCUGGAUCAGCAACAACGGGGCUGCCUCACCAGUGCCAGCGUGCGUGGUCCCCUGUGACCCUGUGCCCGCCUGCAUGUCCCCUCACGCUCACCCCCCCGGCUCUGGGGCCAGCGGCGUCACCGACUUCCUGGGUGUCUCUGGGGCUGGCAGCCACGUGGGCCAGACGCACAUGGGCAGCCUGUUUGGAGCCGCGGGCCUCAACCCGGGCCUCAACGGCUACGAGCUCAACGGUGAGCCAGACCGCAAGACGUCGAGCAUCGCGGCCCUCCGCAUGAAGGCCAAGGAGCACAGCGCGGCCAUCUCCUGGGCCACAUGA